AUGGGAUUGGUGGCACCAACGCCUUCAUCGCGCUUUAUCACUACCUUGGAACGCAAAUAUGGACGAAAUGUAUUGCCUAACAUGUUCGAUGUAAAGGCAAAAGAGGCUUCGCCACGGCCAUACGCAUACGUCUUGAAGACGCCGAACCCAUCAGACGGCUUUGACGAAGUCACAUAUCCCAUGAUUGCAAAUGCAGUAAACAGAGCGUCGUGGUGGCUUGUUAACGAAGUCGGAUUGGCCGAGGGAGAGGUCUUUGGCUACAUGGGGCCGUCGGAUUUGAGGUAUCUGGUUCUUAUCCUUGCGUCGGCGAAGACUGGUAGAAAGAUAAUGCUACCGUCCUUAAGAAACACUGUCUCGGCGCAGAAAAUUCUCUUCCAACGGACAAACGUCAGCAUCGUCCUAUACGGAGGCGAAUUGAAAAAGAAUCUUCAACCGUUAUUCGACGCCCUUCCCGAGAUUAAAACGAGAGAAGUGCUUAGCUACAAAGAGCUUCUCGAUUCAACCGUAGUGCCUCACUAUAAAGCCCGAGAAAUCACGGAUGAGAAUUCCAAUGAACCAAUGUUCUUUCUACACACCUCAGGAACAUCCGGUAAUCCCAAACCGGUUGGGCAAAGUCCGGCAUUUUGGCUCGCCACUAGUUCAUUUCUCGAUGUUCCGGAGGAUGGUGGUGACACUCACAACACUAUACAUUUAUUAACAAACACCAUUUUGUUACAGUUCUUUCCGCUAUUUCAUAUGGGAGGCCUAUUUUUCUUCCUACUAACAGCAAUCCUGGAUUCGUCUGUUGUCGUCAAUCACACAGCAGCAGCAAUCACAGCCGAGCAUGUGAUCGACAUCAUAAACCAAGGACUUGCAACAUCCCUAGCCGCAGCAGAUUCAAUUCUUACAGAUCUAUCCCGAACCAAAGAGGGUCUGGAAGCCCUAUCAAAGAUGGACAAAGUUAUCUACGUAGGAGGCCCCUUGUCCUCCCGAACAGGUAGCAUCAUCGCUCCACGAGUGAAGAAUCUGUCCAGUGCUAUUGGACUAACUGAAAAUGCACUUUUGCAUUGCACUGUAUUGAGAGGGACCAAAUAUUGGGAUUGUCUUAGAUUCAACACCCGUGUCGGUUAUCGAUUUGAUGAGGUCUCCACGGGUGUUUAUGAACUGGUUAUUUCUUUGAGUCCUAAACAUAGGAUGUUUCAUCCAGUUGCCUUGAUUUUUCCGGACAUUGAAGAGUACCGUACGAAGGACCUGUAUGCUCGUAUUCCGGAGAUUGAUAACUGUUACCGGUACCAAGGCCGACGAGAUGAUCUGAUCGUUCUGUCGAAUGGAGAAAAGAUUAACCCCGUUCCGCUAGAGAAUAUUGUUGCGAGUCAUCCAAUUGUGAAGAAUGCCUUGUUUGUUGGAGAGCACCAAUUCUUGCCUUCAUUGCUCAUCGAACCCAGGGAGGGAUAUGCAGUCAACAACGAAGAAGAAUCGCGUGAGAUGACAGAGAAACUAUGGGGCAUAAUCAGCGAAGCAAACCUGCAGGCACCACGAUUCUCGCGCGUGCCAAAGUCAUUGGUGUAUAUCCUCAAACCAACGGAGACAUUCGCCCGAAGCGGGAAGAUGACUGUCCAACGCCAACUCACGGUUCUCAAAUUCGCCGCUCAGAUCGAUGCACUCUACUCAUCAGCUGGAGAAGGUCUGUUGAGUGAGGGAUUAGAGUUGACGGAUCCAUCGAGCCCCGAAGCAAUAAAAUCUUUCGCUAAGAAACUCUACGUUCAAAUCCUGGAUUCCGAUGAAUGCGCGCGUAUAGUAGGCGACCAUGACAACGUUUUUGAUCUGGGCAUGGAUUCGCUACAAGUUACAAUUGCAGUGCAGAAAUUGAAGGCUGCACUUAGAGCGCAGAAUCUCAAUGUCGAUAGCAGCAAAAUCGGGCCGCAUUUUUUCUAUACUUCUCCAUCCAGCAAUCAACUUGCUCAGGCCAUUGAUCAGCUUAUCAAUGGGGUGAAAAAAGAAGGUACCGCCGAGGUUCACAGCAAAGAAAACGACCGAAAAACUUAUAUGCAGGCUAUGAUUGACAAGUACAAGGUCGGCUUUGACGUUGAACUUGCCCUCAAAAAGACACGCGCAGAUAGCCUAACUGUUGUGCUCACUGGGUCGACGGGCUCCUUGGGAAGCUAUCUUCUACAUUCCUUGAUUGAGAAUCCCCGUAUAGCCAAGAUCAUUUGUCUCAAUCGUUCGGCAGAUGCUCAAAAGAGACAGACAGCACAGAACAAACACAAGGAUUUGCUUACACCAUGGGAAUCGUCAGAUGCACAAUCAAAUCCAGUGGAAUUCUUGACAGCAGACUUGUCGAAGCCCGACUUGGGCCUCGGAGAGGAGACAUACAAUCAACUUUUGGGGAGUAUCGAUGCAAUCAUUCACAAUGCUUGGAAAGUUGAUUUCAAUCACACCGUCGAGUCCUUUGAGAAGGGGCACAUUGCCGGUACGCGCCAUCUGGUAGAUCUGAGCAGGAAGUGUACAUACAGAGCCCCGAUAUUGUUCAUAUCAAGUAUCUCUACAGCCCUGAACUGGGCCCAAAAGAAUCCCGGACAAAGCGUCCCAGAAUCAAUCAUUGACGACCUCGACAGCCCCGAGUUCUUUGGGUACGGAGAAUCCAAAUACAUCUCCGAAAGAUUAAUUGAGGCUCACAGCUCCUCUUCGGGAUUUACCUCUUCUGUCUUGAGAGUAGGUCAGAUCGCAGGACCCGUCUUAUCUACAGCCGGUAUUUGGAAUUUGCAGGAAUGGUUUCCUAGUUUACUGGCUAGUUCGAAGCAUUUGGGUUUACUUCCGGAAUCUUUGGGCACGAUCAAUAGUAUCAGUUGGGUACCGGUUGAUAUUCUAGCGAGGAUCAUUGUGCAGCUUCUAAGUCAGACGUAUGAUACUGAAGCAGACAAAAGUGUCUUGAAAGUAUACAAUCUGGUGAACCCAAAAAUCGUGUCUUGGUCUGCUCUCCUGGGCACAGCUCAAAAUGGUCUUGGUGGACCUGAGAAAAUCCGCAUUGUACCACUGGCCGAAUGGGUGGAAGCCUUGGAGCGCAGUGCACAGGAUAAUCAUGGGUUUGUGGUUGAGAGUAACCCUGCUAUUAAAUUACUUGGAUUCUGGAGGGCUAUCUCAGAGAAGAGAGAACAAUCCCUAACCAAUAAGCCGACAGAAGCCAUUGGUAAUGCCAGUGACGAAAAGGGACUAACAGAUGAACAGAAAGUUCAAGGUGUGCAGCAGAUCAAGUCCGGCAGAAUAAAUGUAUGGAUGAAGCAAUGGAUGAGAAAAUUGCUUAGUUGGAAAGAUACAUCAAACAAAACUCGACAGGCCAUGUUUGAUGAGCCGUUAAAGUCUAAUGGCCAUGUUAAUGGUGAGAAUGAAUCACAAGAUGAGUAUGAGGUCACAACUCUUCUGAAAGACAGUUCAGAGGCAUCCAACUUACGUGCUGUUUCGUCCGAUUGGAUGAAGAUAUGGUUGAAGCAGUGGGCUUUUUGA